UUGCAGAUCGAGAAGAUGCAGGCAGUGUUGCGGCGAAGGAGAGGAGGAAGAGAGGAAGCAGGAAGACAGAGAGAAAGAGGAGAAUGUCAAUCUCCUCUUCUUUUACACUGUUCUUCAUCCUUUCUCUGUUAUCAGCUCAAAUUAUCCAAAUCCUGAGUCUUAAUCUCGGGAUCAAUUACGGCCAAAUUGCCAACAAUCUUCCUUCACCAACCCGAGUUUCUGCGCUCCUUCAAUCUCUCUCCAUCAACAAAGUUAAGCUUUACGACGCCGACUCGAACGUAUUAAGCGCCUUCUCCGGUUCCGACAUCGAGUUCACAAUCGGGAUUGGCAAUGAGAACGUCGCGGCCAUGAUCAAUCCAUCCCAAGCUCAAGCCUGGAUUCAACAAAACGUUCAGUCCUUUCUUCCUCGAACAAAGAUCACAUCCAUUACCGUCGGAAACGAAAUUCUCUCUGGCAAAGACACCUCGCUUAUCUCGAACCUUCUCCCGGCGAUGCAAUCUCUGCACGGAGCUCUACAGUCUCUCGGAUUAGAUCAACAGGUUAGCAUAACCACCGCACAUUCUCUCGCCAUUUUGGGCAACUCUUACCCUCCUUCCUCAGGCUCCUUCGUUCCAAACCUAGUUCAAUACAUUCAGCCAUUGCUCGACUUCCACUCCAAAACGAAGUCCCCUUUCUUGAUAAAUGUUUACCCUUACUUUGCCUAUAAGGCGAGUCCCGAUACUGUCUCGAUGGAUUACGUCCUGUUUCAGUCGAAUCAAGGCGUCACGGAUCCAAAUACGAAUCUGAACUACGAUAACAUGCUCUAUGCUCAGCUGGAUUCCGUUUAUUCGGCAAUAAAAGCGACGGGGUACAGUGAUAUUGAUGUGAGGGUAUCGGAGACUGGUUGGCCGUCGAAAGGGGAUUCCGAUGAGGCCGGAGCUACUCCCGAGAAUGCUGCUCUAUACAAUGGGAAUUUAUUGAAGAGGUUAGAAAUGAAUCAGGGGACGCCAUUGAUGCCAAAUAUACCUCUGAGUAUCCAUGUUUUUGCUCUAUUUAAUGAAGAUUUAAAGCCUGGUCCGACAUCAGAGAGGAAUUAUGGACUGUUCUACCCUAACGGCACUCCUGUGUACAAUAUUGGAUUACAGGGUUCUGGAUUGUCUGGAUUCUCUCCUUCAUCAACAUCAUUCAUAGUUACCGGUUCUGCUUCUAGCCAAAUGGUUAUUUCUACUUUAGGCAUUCUUGGCUGUCUGAUUCUAGCCAUAUAACACAGAUUUUCACAUCAGCAAUCGCUUUAGAAAGAAAGAAAAAAAAAAUCAAUUUGACUAAUCGAAUUCAGAACCUACAAGAGCCUCUGCUUGCUGGAAGUGAGGUUCUUCUUUUGACUAACACUUUUGUAUUAGGGAUUGAUAUUGGUAUUAGGAUUAGGCUCUCUUUAAUUUUUUUUUUUUUUCACUUUAUGAUUGUCUUAUAAAUAAAGAGAGAGUGCUUAUAGAAUAUGAGAAAAUUAUUUUUUCUUAGGAGGUAGCAAUAAUGAGUCCGAGAUGGGUGCUUGUAAUAGUAUAUGAGAA